AUGCAAUUGCCACUGGCAGGAAAACACCAUGCCACCAUCAUGGGUGCCUAUGCUUCAACAAUGAUGCACCCUGAUAAGGUAAAAGAACAAUUAUAUGAAGACCUGGAAAGCUUCCUCAUCAAUGUGCUGAAAGAGGACAAGCUUAGAAAUCUGGGUGACUUUAAGGCAAGACAAGAGGAGUUUAUCCCCCAGAAGUUCAAGGACGCCUCCAUUGUCCAUCUGUAUGAAGCCAUCAAAGAAUUCAAAGACAGGGAAAACCAAACAACUGUCACAGAAUUCAUCUUCCUGGGAUUUUCAAACCAUCCUGACCUUCAGGGAUUGUUUUUUCUGUUGUUUUUGGUUAUUUAUUUGAUAACAAUCCUGGGAAAUACUCUCAUAUUAGCUGCAAUCAGAGUAAAUCCUAUCCUUCACACCCCUAUGUAUUAUUUCCUCAGCAACUUGUCCUUCCUGGACAUCUGCUACACCUCCACCACUCUCCCCAUCAUUCUGGUGAACUUUUUCCGAGAGAAGAAGACCAUUUCCUAUGAAGGCUGCCUGUCCCAGGUCUUUUUCCUUGUUACCUUUGCGGGCUGUGAGUGCGUCCUGUUGGCUGUUAUGGCUUAUGAUAGGUUUGUAGCCAUUUGCCAUCCAUUACGUUACCCAGUCCUCAUGAGCAACAGGGUUUGUGCAUAUUUAGCAGUCGGGACCUGGUUGUAUAGCUUUUUGAACUCUCUGAUGCACACAGUGCUCAUGGCAACUCUCACUUUGUGUGGUCCUAACCAGAUCAGCCAUUUCCUCUGUGAUAUUCCUCUGCUCUUGAAGCUCUCCUGCUCAGAUACUUCAGCCAAUGAGGUGGCACUCUAUUUAUCCAGUGCUACCGUUGGUUUGAGCCCCUGCCUGUUCACUGCUAUGUCCUAUAUGCUCAUUAUCUCUGCCAUCCUGAAAAUCCAGUCUGCUCAAGGGCGGAAAAAAGCCUUCUCCACCUGUGCCUCUCACCUCACUGUGGUGGUCAUCUAUUAUGGAACCAUAAACUUCAACUAUGACCGGCCCAGCUCAGGCUACUCCCUGGAUGUGGACAUCCUGGCCUCUGUCCUCUUCUGUAUUGUCACCCCCAUGUUAAAUCCCAUCAUCUACAGCCUGAGAAACAAGGAAGUCAAGAAUACUCUAAGGAAACUGUUUGAAAGAUAUAUGUUACCCAGUGGUUCAAGUGUUUAG